AUGUCUUUGGUACCUACAGUCAAUGAUCUCUCAUUCUACUCCGACGAAAAGCGUCACUUGGCGCGAUACCAGACUCUCUCGAAGAGCUUCGCUAGACGCUAUGGAAGUGAACCACAGUUUUUUGCUCGGGCGCCAGGAAGAGUCAAUUUAAUUGGUGAACAUAUUGACUAUUGCCAUUUUCCAGUAUUGCCUAUGGCUAUAGAAGUCGAUGUGGUGGCUGCAGUGGCAGAGUGUGCUGGCACGACUAUCAAUAUUUCCAAUACGGACGAGACAUUUGCAGAGGAACACAUUCAAAUUCCCCAAGACGGAUCGACAGUCUCGAUCGACUUAUCUACGGCACUGUGGGGAAACUACUUCAAGUGUGGUUUGAUUGUGGCACACAAGUUCAUCCGCGAAUCGAACCCACAACACAAAUUGAAAGCAUUCAAUGCUCUUUUCGAUGGUACGGUUCCUACCGGAGGCGGUCUCUCGUCUUCUGCUGCCUUUUGCAUUGCGGCCACACUCGCUUGCUUGAAGGUGAAUGGAGUUAAUGAAAUUUCUAAGUCAGACUUGACAAGAAUUACGGUGGUUUGUGAACAUUACGUCGGCCUCAGCAACGGUGGAAUGGACCAGAGUGCUUCGGUCAAUGGAGAGGACUCAAAAGUCCUUUUGAUCUCAUUUAAGCCAAAGCUUGAAGCCACUCCAUUCAAACUUCCUGCUACCCAACCAGAGACGGUAUUUUUGAUCUCUAAUUCACUCAUUGUUGCAAACAAAACAGAAACGGCCCCCACAAACUAUAAUUUAAGAGUUGUGGAAGUGGCUAUUGCUGCGGACAUCAUUGCGAAGAAAUUCAGUUUGAAGGCAGCUCAUGACUCAAAUUUGGGUACUGCCACUCUACGUGGAGUUCUCGACUCCUAUUCUACUCAAAUUUUAGGACAGACUGUUUGGGACGGCAAGAAUCCCGAAGUUGGUGUUGAGAGACUCCAAACUAUGUUGGACCUCAUUGAGAUCAUCUACACAGAAGAAGAAAAGAACGGUAUCAGUACUAAACAAGCUGCAGAUUUAUUGGGAUUGAGUAUUUCUGACUUCACAAAGAAAUACUUGUCCAAGUUCGAAGUGCGCUACAAUACUCUAAACGUUUACCGAAGAAGUAAACACGUCUACGGCGAUGCUUUGCGAGUGAUGCAGACUCUCCGUAUCGCCAAUGAUUUUGAUGGAGAUUCGGAGAAAUUCCUCAGGAAUUUGGGGUCUUUGAUGGAUGAGUCUCAAGUCUCAACCCGUGAGAACAAUAAUGCCUCAACCCCUGAUUGCGAUGAACUCUGUCGCUUGGGCCGCCAAAACGGAGCAUAUGGCUCUCGCGUAACCGGCGCUGGGUUUGGAGGUUGUAUUGUACACUUGACUGACGUUGACAAACUCACGGCGCUUCGCGAGGCUCUUGUCGAACAAUACUAUCGCAAAAACUUUCCCAAUCUCUCUGACAAUGAGAUAGAUGAGGCCAUUGUUAUCUCGAAGCCAGCUAUAGGAGCAUGUAUAUACGAGCAGAAAUAA